UGAAACAUUCAUGUGCUGUAGCUAGAUAUUGUUGCUGGAGCCAACCAACCCAUGCCUGCCUAAGGUUGAGGAUGCACAACCGAAUUUAUAUUCCUGCUGUAAAAACCUGCAUUUAGGGACACAAAUUCCAGCCAAUCAGACUAAAUAAAUCAGCAGGCCCGGGUUUUAUCAUCACAGAUAACCCUCAUUAAUCCAGCGAGCUUUUCCUGAAGACAAAAGGACAAAAUGAAUUGCUUCGUUGGAGCUGCCUGAGCAGCAUGCUAAUGCAGGGAGGUGGAAGGCAUGAAUUAUUCAUGCCCUGGCAGCCUGAGCAAGCAGAUCCUGGCUUUUCCUGUCACCAUUGCAACAAGUGGUGGCUGUGCCCGGGCCAUCGCCCAGCGCUGCAGAGCCCUGCCAUGCCUGCUGCAGAGGGAAAGCCUCCGUGCCUCCGCUGCACCCAGCACACCAGGCUGGAUUUUCAGGUUAAGCCUUGUGCGAAAUGGACCCGGGAAACACAGUCUUUUGUCACUCAGAUGUACUUGACCAUAAACUUCUCCUCUUGGAAGAAAAAGGGUUGCUUCGGAGUAACACAAAGGCAAUGGGGCACUGAUGGUCAGAGGACGUGCACAGACCUUCGGUGGGAGAGUGCUGCGGAGGGAAGGUCAAACUCUACCAAGAAACCUCUGUCAUCACAGAAUACAUCGGUUUCACCAAGAGUCGUUUCACAGAUGAUUGAUGAGGAUAAAUCAAAAGGAAGUUGGCCAGCUUUGCCUAUGCAGUCCAUGAUCACCCAGCCCAAUGCUUAUCCCACAAAGCAGGCUGGUUCAGUCAACAUUAACCAAGCAUUUACGGUGCUUCCCAGCAGAUUAGAAACUCAGGCAACUUUAGAUGACACCACAUCUCCAUCAAACUGUCCCAUCACAGAGGAAAAACAGUGUCCAAAACAGCAGAAGGGGUUUGCCUCCAUAACUGUGACAGCCAGGCGUGUUGCUGCAGCCUCCAGUGAUGCAGCAAGUGGACCUGGGGCUGUGCAAGACCCCAGCGCUGUGUCUCCCACCUCAUGCAAAGUCCUUCGUCGCUGGCCUCUGCCAGGGACCACCAACCAACGUGUUUCUCCAUUACAGUUUAGUAACACUUGCUCACAAUUAGAUGAAGAACUACAAAAGGGGCUUUUUGACCCUGGCAACAAGGAGCGUGGCGUGGGUCUUCCAAAGGGUGAUGGGAGAGCAAAAGUACCACCUUCGUUCAUCUCAUGUGUCCACCUUCCAGUUUCCCAGCAGUGUCCAAGUACCAUCUAUUAUUUAGACAGGUCACUCGUUGUGUGCAUCGACCAACCUCGAAUUAAAUGCCAAAAAAUUCAUAGAUCAGCGUUGUCCUUCACUAUAAAUUGCAGUUCGUCGAGAUUAACAGCAGAUGGAGUAGAUGGCAUAGCUAACGGAGAGCCAAUAGAGGAGAUGCUUCAAACCAAGCUCCCAGGAGAAAGCAAGACUCCGCUCAGAUACAACUCGAGUCCAGACUUAGCAAAAAAUAAUGUAAUUAAUAAACAAAAACCAAAAGGUAGCUAUUUGGGUAGUAAAUACCCCUUGCAAACUGUCCUUGUCUCUAAACUUCCAGCCUUUGUGAGUAUACCCAGAGGACUUCAUGACACAGUAACAGCAAAGGAAGAUGACGAUAAGCAGUCUGGCAGCUACCACACCACUCUUGCUCUCCAGCCUCAUAAUCCAAGUGGUGAGGCAGGAACACAAGUGCUGUUUGGAAACAAGAAACAAUGCACCAUGGGCAGGAAGAGCACAAUAGCCUCUGUCUCUCUACCAGAUACAGCAUCCAGCAAGGCAAUUGCUGCCGCUACUGAUGGCUUAUCAAAACAGAGAGAUCCCUCCAAAGACACCUCCACAUCCAAAGAGAUCCAAGCACAUGGCAUCCUGAAACCAAAAAUGUCUGUCUCCAGUAGUAUGUGCAAUGUAAAGGCUUCAUCAAGAAUCCUCUUGGAAGAAAACGUUCACAGGCAAAACCAGCUCCUAAAAAGCGAUGACGAAUUCUGUGGUUCAAGUGACAAAAUCAAGGACCACGAGGAGGAGGAGGAGCGAGAGGGAGCCAGCAGGGUAACACCAUCCACAGCUCGCUCACCAGAAGCUGCUCCUGAGGAAAACCACACGCUCACCCAGCCAGACACCGGCUCCCAGCCGCAGAAGAUCCCACCAGCCCCACAGACACUGCAGGAAGCACUAGAAAUCUAUAAUCCUCAGUUCAUCUCUCGUUCACAAGAAAGGCUGAAGAGACUUGAACGUAUGGUGCAGCUGAGGAAAGCCCGGCAGGGUGAUGCUCCCACGGGCAACCAAGGAGCACUUCUUGUUCGUAAGCUUUCCUCAACAUCCACUUCAAGCAGAAGAAAGCAAUACACCAUUCCUCACCCACUCAGUGAUAACCUCUUCAAACCGAAGGAAAGAGUCAUUCCAGAGAAGGAGAUGCAUAUGAGAUCAAAAAGGAUUUAUGACAAUUUACCUGAAGUGAAAAAGAAACAAAAGGAGAAACAGAAACGGAUCAUCAUCCAGAGCAACAGACUGCGUGUCGAGAUCUUCAAGAAGCAAUUGCUGGACCGUCUUCUUCAAAGGAACACAGAGUGACAAGAGGAUUCUCUUGACCAUCAUCCUAAUUGGAUCUUGAAUGCCUUUUAACUGCUAGAUAAGCCAUAAAAUACACAGUUAUCUCAAUUACCUGGAGGUAUUUUUUCUUAGCUUCAUCUCUUUAGAUAAAGAUCAUUUAUAUUUCAA